UGAAGCCCGCUGGACGCCACUGAUGAGACUCUUCCAGUACAGCAAAGGCAGAGAAGAUGAUGAUGCAGUGGCUUAAUUCAUUAUUUUUCAUCUGGAUUCACUGUCAGAUGUGCAGGACAGAGUUUGAGCUGACUUUACUCCACACUAAUGAUGUCCACGCACGAGUGGAGGAGACCAACAAAGACUCGGGUAAAUGUAGUAAAGCACCUUGUUUCGCCGGAGUUGCACGGAGAUUUACGAAAAUCAAAGAAGUUCGUGCCAAGGAGAAAAAUGUUCUGCUGUUGGACGCGGGUGAUCAGUUUCAAGGGACCGUUUGGUUUAACUUUUACAAAGGUGCCGAAGCGGCGCAUUUCAUGAAUAAACUCGGAUACGAUGCUAUGGCCUUAGGAAAUCAUGAGUUUGACAAUGGAGUGGACGGCCUCGUGAAACCUUUCCUUCAGGAAGUGAAAUGCACUGUUCUCAGCGCAAAUAUUAAAGCCGAUCAGACAAUUGCUCCUCGGAUCAGCGGCUACUAUCUCCCAUAUAAAGUCUUCAAUGUUAACUCAGAGAAAGUAGGUGUUGUUGGCUACACAUCAGUGGAGACGCCUGCUUUGUCUAUACCAGGCCCCCAUCUCCAGUUUGAGGAUGAGGUUACUGCUUUACAGCAUCAAGUGGACAAACUCACUGCUUUGGGUGUUAAUAAGAUCAUUGCCCUUGGACAUUCUGGCUUCGACGUGGACAAAAACAUUGCAAAGAAAGUUCGGGGAGUGGAUGUUGUGAUUGGAGGGCACACCAAUACAUUCUUGUACACAGGAGAUCCACCAUCCACAGAGGUUCCCGCAGGACCAUACCCAUUGAUGGUUGAAUCUGAGGAUGGGCGCCGGGUUCCUGUGGUCCAGGCCUAUGCCUUUGGAAAAUAUCUGGGAUUCCUAAAAGUGAUUUUUGAUUCAAAUGGAAAUGUGGUGAAUUUUGCAGGCAACCCAAUUCUUCUGAAUAGCUCAGUAGCACCAGAUCCAGAUAUUCAGGCUGAAGUGGACAAUUGGAGGAAGAAUCUGGCCAAUUACUCUGCUCAGUAUGUAGGACAGACUCUUGUCUAUCUCAAUGGAACUUUUGAGGAAUGUCGAUUUCGUGAAUGUAAUUUGGGAAAUUUAAUCUGUGAUGCCAUGGUCCAUAAUAAUAUUAAAUAUGCGGAUGAAAUCCAGUGGAACCAUGUCAGCUCUUGUAUUCUGAACGGCGGAGCCAUUCGAUCACCUAUUGAUGAGCGGAACAGAAAUGGUUCUAUCACAAUGGAGGACCUGAUUGCUGUGUUGCCAUUUGGAGGUACAUUUGACCUGGUCCAAAUGAAUGGAUCUACACUGCGAGAAGUCUUUGAGCACUCAGUCCGAAGAUAUGGAGGAAACUCUGGAGAAUUCCUACAGGUGUCAGGUUUUCAGCUGGUGUAUGAUUUAUCAAAACCACAAGGAAAUCGUGUUAAAAGUGUGAAUGUGCUCUGCACUGAGUGUCGAGUGCCCCGUUAUGAACCACUCAACCCCAAGAAGGUGUAUAAAGUGGUGCUGCCCUCUUACCUAGUGGACGGAGGAGAUGGAUACUCUAUGAUUAAAGACCAGAAACUCAAACAUGACAGUGGUGACCUGGAUAUAGCAGUUGUUGCCAGCUACAUCUCAGAGAGAAAGAGAGUUCAUCCAGUUUUGGAAGGACGUAUUCAAUUUUCCAGCUCUUGCAUUGGACAUCGAGGAUACAUGUCCACCAUUCUGCUAGUGUGGGCUCUCUGGGUCAUGAUUGUAUAGCCAGUGAGAUUAUUUUUAAUGUACUUGUGUAACAACAUGUAGCCAUUUGUGUGUAAUUGUACAGUCAGAGGAAAAAAAGAAAUCUUUAACCCAAAGAUUAGUUACCUUUAUAGAAGUGAACAGCUCAGUUUAACUGACAGUUAACACUGUGAUCUAGUAAGGAUAAAAGAAAGUCACUUAUCUUGUUACACAAGUUCUUUUUAGAGCAAUACAGAGAUCUUCUAUACAGGCAUUUUCUACACCUCUUUAUAGAUAAAAGUCAUAGAAUUCAUAAGAGGGUAUACUAUGAAAAACCUCACAAAGAAAUGUUUUGCUUAAAAAAUACCUAUUUUAGGUCCAUUAAAAUAUUUUUGUAAUUUUUCAGCACAUUUAACCCCAUAUUCUCAUUAUUACUAUGUGAAAAAUAAGUCUUAGGAGUAAAAUAGAAAUACGUCAUGAUAGUAUGAUUUAAUUCACGCUGACUUUCUUAGCCAGAUGUUUUUUUGUUUGUUUUUUUUUAAUCAUUUUGUAUUUCAGUAAUACAUUUUUUUUUUUUUUUUUUUUUAAUUGAGUUGGGCUUAAUUGUUAAAAAAAGAAAGAAAGAUAUAUUGAUAGUCCUAAAAUAUUAAAUAAUUCCUUCAAAUAAUAUAAUUUCAUAUUUUUUCUUAAUUAUGGUCUGUACAUCUUUUCGUAAGAUUCUUCUCUGGUAGGGUUAUUUAUUUUGUCAUGUUUCUUGAUGACAGUUACAUUUAAUUAGCACAACUUGUGACGAUUAUAGACAGUGGUUUGUCUGGCAAGAAAUCACCACCUUCUUGAGUUGUUAUUCACGUUCCUAUAAAGCAUUUGUUUAAAGGUGCUCUAAGUGAUGUCACGCGUUUUUAGGCCAAAACAUUUUUUGUCACAUACAGCAAACAUCUCUUCACUAUCCGCUAGCUGCCUGUCCCCCUGAACACACUGUAAAAA